ACCCCCGCCCUCACUCUCCCUUAACUCUCACCCCCACCUUCCCAUACCCUUUCCUUUCUAUUGGAAAGAAAAAGAGUAGAGUUUUAGACUUUUAGUCAGAGUCUUGAAGUGGUUGGAGAAAGGAAAAAAAUGGCUGUGGUGAUUGUAGUAUGCAUUCUUCUCUUAAUCUCCUCAAUGUGGAUGGCUGAAGCUAGAAUUCCAGGAGUCUACUCUGGUGGUGAAUGGCAAAAUGCCCAUGCUACCUUCUAUGGAGGUGCUGAUGCUUCUGGCACCAUGGGAGGAGCUUGUGGCUACGGAAAUUUGUACAGCCAAGGGUAUGGAGUUAACACGGCAGCAUUGAGCACAGCAUUGUUCAACAAUGGCUUAAGCUGCGGUGCUUGCUUUGAGAUCAAGUGUGCAACUGAUCCAAAGUGGUGUCAUUCAGGAAGCCAAUCCAUCUUCAUCACUGCAACCAACUUUUGCCCACCAAACUAUGCUCUUCCAAACGACAAUGGCGGCUGGUGCAACCCUCCUCGCCCUCACUUUGACCUUGCCAUGCCCAUGUUCCUUAAGAUUGCAGAGUACCGUGCCGGUAUUGUUCCCGUUUCCUACCGCCGGGUGCCAUGCCGAAAGAAGGGAGGGAUCAGGUUCACAAUCAACGGUUUCCGUUACUUCAACUUGGUUUUGAUCUCCAACGUCGCGGGUGCGGGGGAUAUCGUGAAGGUUAGCGUGAAAGGAUCCAGUACUGGUUGGAUGAGUAUGAGUCGAAACUGGGGUCAGAACUGGCAGUCAAACGCUGUUCUGGUUGGUCAGUCACUGUCAUUCAGAGUCACAGGCAGUGACAGGCGCACUUCCACCUCUUGGAACAUCGUUCCCGCCCAUUGGCAAUUUGGUCAAACAUUCACCGGGAAGAAUUUCAGGGUUUGAUUUGAUGAUUCCGAGGAAGGACCAUUUUGACAAAAAAAAAAGAAAAGAAAUUAUCAAAUUAGUGACCCCAAAAGUUAAAAAGUUAGCAGUUAAAAAAAUUCAAGUUUCCCGCCAUAACCCAUUUCCAUUUUUACCCUUGUUUGAUCAAUUGGGUUUGUUUUGUCGUGUGUAAGUUCUUUCGUUUUCUUUUUAUUUAAUGGUCAGGGGUGGACUGAGGCGGUUGCACAAAAAUGUAGCCCGUAGCCUAAAUAUUAUAAUUUAGUGUUACUGUCUAUGUAGUUAUGAUCA